GUUGUGGUCGUCGUAAUCGCCCACCAAACGCACAAUAUGGGCAAAUCCAAGCUCAGUGACUUCGACCCCGAGUCGCUCCUCGAUCCUGCGCCGAGCUCGAGCGAAGACGAGCGCUCAGACGCCGGGCCCUCCGAGUCCGAAGCAGAAGAAGAGGCGAACGCGGGGCGCGAGCACUAUGUCGCCGUUGGCAAGAGCAAGCUGAGACAGCAAGAUAUGGAGCCGCUUGGAAAGCAGUACGCCGGGCACGGCGUCAGCCGCGACGAGCUCGACAACAGCGACAGCGACAGCGACGAUCCGUUCGCCAGAGGCUUCGACGACGGGGACAGCAAGGAGGACAGCGAAGAUGGGGGCGAGGAUGGCGCCGACGAGGCAGACUUUUCCGAGGGCCUCAACGCCCUGAUCGACGGGGACAGCGGCUCAGACGAUGACGAAGAUGAGGAGGAGAACGAAGACGUGGACAGCGAAGACGUGGACAUGGACGGCGAGCAGGACGACGACGAUGACGACGACGAUGACGAGUCUAGCGACGACACCCAGUCAGGCGCUGCUGCCGUGCGCGACCUCAUGAAGGACGCCAAGUCCAUGACCUCGACGCUCGCCGCCAGUGCGCAAUCAGACGUCGCAAAGGGCGCGGCUGUCAAGACGCAGCGUAAGACCUUCGAUACCCUCCUCAAUACGCGCAUUCGCCUGCAGAAGGCUCUCAUCUCAACGAACUCGAUGGCCGCUAAGCAGCACACGGAGGCGUCCGGGCCAGAUGCAUCCGUCUCAGCUGCCGAGGCUGCUGCCCUCACCCUGCUCAACAACCUCACCGACCUGCGCAUUUCACUCGAGGAGUCACGAACUGGCGAGAAGCGCAAGCGCACCACGUUCGAUGCCAACACUCCCUCCAGCGACAUCUGGACCUCGAUAAAGAGCACGGAGAGGGCAGCAAUGCCACAGAGGAAAGCUGUACUCGAGCGCUGGUCCAACAAGACCAAAGCAGCCACCGUCACGAACAACAAGGCACGCCUCAACGCCUCGUCGCAGCAGACGCUCACCGAGGUGCUUGGCUCGCAGCUCACAUCCCCGCACCUGGUCACUCGCACCCAGACGCCACGUUCGUGUGCGCCUCUGCAAUCUGCGCACAAGGGUGCGCAACCAGACGCCGCCAUCUACGACGAUGCCGACUUUUACGGUCUCCUCCUCAAGGAAUUGCUGGAACAGCGCUCGGCGGGCGUCAACGCCAACGGCACAUCAGAAUUUGUUGUGCAAGCCCCAUGGCAGGUUGCAAGAGAAGCCAAGACCAAGAAGGUGGUCGACACAAAGGCCAGCAAGGGCAGAAGAUUACGGUACACUGUGCAGGAGAAGCUGCAGAAUUUCAUGGCACCCGAGGAGCGAGGAGAAUGGGGCGAAAGGCAAAGGGACGAGCUGUUUGGCAGCUUGUUCGGCAAUCUAUUGAGACUGGGAGAAAACGUGGAGAGCGAGAGCGAGAUUGAGGCGGAAGCUGAGGAGGCGGGGCUUAUGUUGUUCAGAAGCUAGAAGAGUACUGCCUACACACGUCAGAAAGCCCUUCUUUCCACCUCUUUCGACUUGAUCCACUAACGGUAUCCUUGAUAUUGUCGGUGUUUGCUCUUCAGACACCGACAGGCUUCGGUUUGCUCGAUCUCUCUUACCCGCACGCCAGUAGUGUCACACAUAUCUUUGGGCGAGCCGACAAACUUUGAUCUCUGAGCUUGCAUAUUGCCCUCAGUUUUACUGAAUCGACUCAUGGUGC